GAACUUCGGGCGGCGAGCCCUGGAACCGGCGGUGUGUGGUUCCUGCCCCAUGGCAGCACUACCCUCGCCGAAGGCUUCACAUACAUCGACGGGGAAACGGCGCGACAAAUGCGUCGCCCGGGAACGCUGCCCAACACCGGCACGUCCGGUCACCGUACGGCCGGCCCCAUAGAGGACGGCUCGACGCCGCUGAGCAUCGCUGGCGAUAAUUGCUCUUCCACCGGCGUUAGAUUACACUACUCGAAUCACUCCCUACGUCGCACCCCCCAACCACCGCCCCACCGGGACAACGAGGGCGCAGUGGACAGAGGGCAGCACGAGGCGACCCUGCAGAAUGGUGUCCCAGGACACCAUCACCCGCCGCCGCUACCUUCUAGACACCAUCAAUCCUCCUAUCCCACUCUGCCCAUGAACGGCCACGCGACUCAUCAGCACCAUCACUUCCCGCGCGAGAAGGACAGGUCUUCAGGGCGGGAGAAGAACCGCGACCGGGACGCCGGCGUACAAUCCGUCCCCCAUCGGUCCGACAAGCACCGAGACGUUCAGAACGACGCCCACGACGAUGGACUGCGGAUGGGAGAGAUCGGAACCUAUCGAGCGUAAACGGAUUGCGACGGUUCAGGGUGAGGGUCAAAGGGAACCUUGAAGGGCCGAGUGAAUUGAAUCGAAGACUGAAGUCAAACGUUGAAGCAGACACCUUGUUCCGCCAAUAACUAAAACGUCGGUGAUGGGUAUUUAAUACUACAAGAUCGGACCACUUUGAAUUUUAUUCGAAUCCUGGAAGUCUUGACACGGGUUCGACCAUAAUAUAAUCGUCGAUUCAACAAUUUACUAAACAGGAAGUCCUCACGGUCUUAGCAGACUUAAAGCUUAAUAUUAAGGUUUAGAUUACCAAGCACAUGUCGCAUCAUUUGGUGCUCCUUUCCGAAACAGCAUCAUACGGUGCUUCUUUUUUAUCAUCUCUGGCUAUUUCUUUCAUCGUUAUGAGACAUUUACUCCAAAUGACAGAGUCUGAUUGCAGGCAUAGCCUCAGAAGUAUAGCCACAUUUAUCAGAAACAAGAAAACACCAAAGGUGAUCGCCUUGAUGCCAUUUUACCAAAGUAUUUCUCCGUAUUUGAACUCUCCGUGAAAGCUUUCUGGAUUCUCAACGUUUUGAAGAUUCCCAUAAGACUCAAAGUGGUUUGUUGUCUGAUUGGAAGUGCUUGAAAGCCCAUCACUGAUCUAUUUGGUUAGGAAAGGUGCACUGGGCAACGAUGGAAUUGGUGAACUGGCAACACUAAAUCAAUUUGAAGACUGAUUACGACGGACAUCUGUGAACAAUAUCGACGAGUAAUUAACCGAUAUCUGGGUACAUUCCAACCGCUUUGUUUGCUUGUCCCAGAGACAGGCACCGACCUUGGAAUUGUUGAACACCAAACUCUGGUUCUUAAUUGCCGCGUUAUGGCAGCGAUCAGGGUAAUCGGAUAACGUCAAGUUUUGAAGGAAAUAUUACUUGUUCGAGAUUAUGAGGACACGUGUGCGAUGGAACCUGCACGCACAAAAGGAAAGAUCGAUGAAGACGUUGCGGUGAACAAAGGACUGAUUGGUUAUUCAAAGUUAUCAGACAACGGACAUUGCAUUCUGAGAAUAAAAUCAACGGAGCAUGGACAGGUCCAAGAUUAGUUAGUCUUCAUCUACGAGGACGAACCUGAAGAACAACUCGGAAGAAAUUAUGAAGACGAAAGAUUGUAAAUGUCAGUUUAAUGCGCGCAGAAAUGUUGAGGACUGUCGAUUGCGUUUCUACCUUGAAGAGUCUGACGAAUGUUACGAAAAAUACCUUGUUGUGUUUUGUGACUGGAAUAUGAAGCACGCAUGAAAUCGUUUUCAAAAGUGGCAUUGAACAAUUCGGAUUUUGUACCCCUUGUAUACAGGGUGACUCAAUGUUGAAAAAUUUGUUUAACGGAAUUGUACGAUUCUUUUUACGUAAUUCUGAGACACUUUAUAGGAUGAAACACGAAGACGAAGAAUUAAGUAAUUUUUGUAAAAAUGUCCGUGGCAUAGAAAGUGUCAAAUCGGGUAUUCGCUCAAAUCGCGAGAUUGAAAAGAGAAAUGAAAAAAUUGAUAGAAAUAUGAAACAUGUAAAUUGUGUAAUAAACUAUACGUAUAUUUUUA